UGCCAUUCAUGGCCAACAACAUCAAGGACAGACGUCGGCCCCUUCUCACAGUCGCUCGCUGCCGGGCAUGUUGUUUUGCUCACCGCGUUCGUUACAUGUGCUGAUCUCAAAUAGCUCUGUUGCUAUACAAGGAAAAUAAGCUUUCCAAACAUUCGGUAGAUUUCGAAUUUAAAGUUCCCGAUUCAAGAUGAAGUUCUAUGAGAUGGGAAUAGUAUUAAAGCAUCCGUGGGACCAGGUCGUCCAAUCUUUUUGGCAGCGCUAUCCUAACCCAUACAGUAAGCAUGUUUUGACAGAGGACACCGUUCAGAGAGAAGUGGUAUCUGGGAAGUUACGUUCUAUCAGAUUCCUCACCAAAACUGGUCAAGGCCCACGCUGGGCAGACAAGUUUGUUCCUCAUUCUCUUGUAGGAAUUAUUGAGGAGUCGAUUGUUGAUCCAAAGACCCAAACUCUAACAACAUACACCCGAAAUAUUGGCUACAGCAAGAUAGUGAGCAUCACCGAGAAAGUAGAAUAUCACCAAGAUCCAACAAACCCCCAACAAACUAUUGUGCAAAGAAAGGCCUGGAUUGAGUCACAGUUCCAUAUUGGAACACUGAGAAGACCAAUUGAGGCUUUCAUCUAUGACCGCUUUAAGAAAAAUUGCACCAAGGCUUCCAAUGGAUUCCAGUGGGUUUUGUCCAAAAUGUGGACCAAAGAACCAGUCACUCCACCAGUCAUUCUUAACGAUAUUGCUCUCGAAGCCGCUAGACGAGCUACCACCAUUGCUUCCCAUGCUAACGUAAGACUCAGCUCCUAAAAAACAAAACAAAAACCUUUUUCUCUUUCAUCACUUGUAUUGUGUUGCACACUCGGAACGCCAUUAGCCUUUCAUGCAAUAUUAAAACACCUUAGAUGGUUUAGUUGGAGCUCCUAAAGACCAAAUGUAUCAAUAAAUCUUGUACACGAAACACGAUUACUUCUAGGAAGUUAUGACAUUUAAUUCUUACUUUUGUUGUGUAAGGGUAUAUGGUCAACUCGUUGACAAAAAUUAAAUACACUCGUUUCUUUACGUUCUUGA